CUUUUAUUUCUAAAUAUUUUAUAAAUUUUAUUAUGUAUUAUUAUUUAUACUUAUAUUAUAUUUUUAUCCACUAACAUUAUAAAAUUUUUAUUUUUAUAUAUAUAUAUUUUUUUUUAAUAUUUUUUUUUUAUCAUUCAAUAGAAAGUUGUUUUUAUAUGUAAUGACAAUAUUUUUUUAAAUUAUUUGUUUUCAAUUUCAAUAAACAUUUGAUUGAACAUAAUUUCUGUCGAAACGAAUAUAUCGAAUAUGUCUGAUUGGUAUGUAUUACAAAUCAAAACUAGAGAAAAAAAUUAUAUAAAUUUAAUAUAAGUUGAUGUUUAUUAUAGAAAGGUCCCGUAUUCAGUAAUCACAGGGAACCGGUAUAAAGUAAUACCGUUACACAAAUGCGUAAUAAACAUCAUGCGGGAAAAAUAUACUUUUUCGUCUUUUUUAAUAUCGUUUCAUAUCAUAUCAUCAUUAUUUUUAUUUUUUUUUUCUAAGAUUCGUUCUAAGAAAUUAAUUAGAUAAUAGAUAAAAUUGAUUAAGUCAAUAUAAUGUCUUGUUAAAAAAAAAUAAAUAAAUAAAAAUUUCACAAUAAUUUUUAUCAAUAUUAUCAAUAUUAUUUUUAUAACAUUUGAUUUGAUAAAAAAUCUUAGAUUGAUUUAUAGAAUAAUGAAUUUAUAUUAGAAUUAAAUUUUAUUCUAUGAAAAAAUAUGAAAAAAAUUAUUAUUUUUCUCAAAUUUUUUCUAUGCAAUUCAACCAUAAAGAAAAUUACAAUCAUAAAAUGUAUUUCUCUAUGUAUUUCUAUCAUUCGAAUCAUUCUAACAUUCUAAAAAUCAAACAAAUAAUCUUGUAAAUAAUUACAAUUUCUAUAAUCAAAAUUAAUAAUUUUUUAGUAACUUGAUUAAUCAUUAAAAGCUUGUAUAAUCUAAUAAUUGAACCUCACAAUUUUUAUCCUCGAAAUUCCUGAAGAUUAAAGAGCCGAAAGAAUGCAAUGAUGAUUAGUGAUCGUGCACGCUUAGUGGGGCAGUCAGUAUACAAGACUAUAGUCUCGGGUAUUAAUAGUCCAUGGAGCGUGGACCGAGUACCGUUAAGGCCGAAUACGAUACACCUUGGUAUCUUACUAACGGGGAAUGUCUUGUUAAGAUUUUAAUUCGGCCGCUGUAAUAAGGUUAAGGUUAACUAUGCCUCGUCUGAUUUUCAUGAUUUUAUAAUGAAUGAAAGAGAAAAAAGUGUUACGAUUGAACAAUCUGAUACUUUUGUGCCUUACGUGUCAUGCAAAUGAACAUCCGGAUACGAAACAAACGAAAUCAAAUGACGUCGAUUCGACAACGGAAUCUAAUGAACCACCAGAAGGAUAUUAUGCUUUUGUUAAAUCACCAAAUGCAGAACCGCCUAAAGUGAGACCACCACCUUAUAUAGACAGCGAUAAAGAGUGCUAUGAUACCGGUAAACAGGGAAAAGGUUUCGUUUCUAUACAUAAUAUUUGUGGAGAUCUUAACAAGGGUUAUAUCCCACGAAAUCCUAUGAAUCAAUAUUUCAAUGGUUCGUCAUAUCCUUUUGCACUAUUGAAAAAUCACACGCUGAAAUUUUUGAGCAAAGCUUUGCCUAUACUCAAGGCCGAUGAUUCAUUACCGAAGGUGGCCACAGUUCACUCGUAUUUCCAAAACUCUGUAGACACUGAUGAGAAACGAAGCAGAAGUAAACGAUCAUCCGAUUCAGAAAGCGCAUUAGACACUCUCAGAAAUGGUCGUAAAUUUUGCGAGAAUGGUGGAGGAGUAGUUUGCAUGCUCUACAAGGCUAUACAAGGUGAGCCAUUGGCUACAUCAGCAGCUGAACGUCGUGACGAGCCUUCUACUCCCGAGUAUCGUCAACGAACAUCGCCACAAGAGAAACCAGAGUACACUGGCCCACCUACUCCUUGUCCAGCUAAAGUGGAAUACGCGACACCGGUGUUCGCCAAGAAUUAUCAAGGCGUUUGGCGUUAUGUAGUUCAAAUACCUUACGAGGGUUAUUUCACACAGACUAUUGAAGUAACCAGAUGCAUGCAAUCAAGAUGUCAUUAUUUGGAUGGUGGAUGUCUGUCAUCGCCAAGGUGGACUAGCUUGUUGGUAGCGGAAAUUUUCUAUCCCGAUACAUUCGUGGAAGAAAACCAAAACUCUAGAAUCAAUGGUCUAAGAGAUAUUGCAGGUUCACCGCCGCCUGUUCACGAUUUUCAAAAUUAUCAACAAUAUUUACAAAAGCGUGCUGGUGAAAACGAAGCUCGAAACAGUGGAUCGCAGCAUCAUUGCGAUGGUGUUGACGAAAUGGGUUGUUUCCAGGUAAGAUUGUAUUACGACUGGUUCCUUGUACCAGGAAGCUGCAAGUGUUGGCGUCCCGAUUAUUUCAACCGCUAUGUCCGUCGAAGCGGAUCUAACGUUGAAUUGUGAUAGAAGCUUUGUGUGUCAGAUCGCAUGGAUGAGCAAAGGGACGCGUUCAUGAAACUUAAAUCGAUAAACAUAUCGGAUUUCGUUAAAAAAUGCUUGCUAUUUUGAUCGUCAGAUGACCAAGUACAAUUAUUUUUAAUAAUUCGUAAUAAUUUUAUUUAUUGAUUAAUGACGAUAAUAAUUCUAGUUACUGAAAACUAACAAAUUAUUAGAUCAUAUAUAUAUAUAUUAUAUAUGUGAAGAAAUAUUUUUUAAUUCUAAUAAUAAUUCGAAUUAAUUUUUGCUUAAUCGAUAUCAAAGUGGAUGGAUAGUCGAUAUAUUAGCUUUAAUAUAAUUCUAUUAAAUUCGCAGCAUUGUACAAGAUUUAUAAAGACUGAAAAGAAAUACCAAUGUCAUGAACGCAAUAGAAUUUGUACUUUUAGAAUAAUUUGUAAUACUUGCAAUACUAACGUGUAUUGUUAUUUAAAUAUUUCUUUUUUUUAAUUAAUUCAAAGUUUCAUGGAAAAGUAUGAGAUACAUUUUUUUAAACGCGCAAGUUUAAUUAAUAUAAAUAAUUCUCUUUUUUUACUGAUCAUAAGCUAACAUUUCAAUAAUACUAAAAUUGAACAAAUGUAAGAAUAAUUAAAAGAUUUGUUAUAAAUAGAAUCAAGAUUUUUCAAUGUUUUUAAUAUUUUUGUAUUAUUUAUAUUGUUACUUUUUUCAUUAAAAAAAAUACAGGAAUCGA